AUGAGCGUUGACGCCUCACGUGAUCCACGUCUUUUGCGAGAAGCUCAGGAAGGUUCUCUGCUCCAAAAUUCUUCUCGUCUGCUACCGUUUGCAAGACAAGGCAAGGCAUUUCGGCAUCAAAUUCCAACGAAUGCUUUUCCUCGGUCUUCAGCAUCAGACGAGGCUGCUCUUAAGGACGCCGUGUUUAAUGGGGACACUGAUGAGGUCUGUCGAAUCCUCUCCCUUCCCAACACUCCCAACGUCAACGCCCCCUUGGAACCACGCUUCCUGAUGGUAGCAGCAGGACGAGGUUUUGCUGACAUUGUGGGAUUGCUGUUGCGUGCCGGGGCGGAAGUCGAUGCCAAGUCGUUUCUAACCGAGACUACUGCUUUGAUGGCCGCAGCAGCAGCCUUGCGAAAAUAUUUUCAUCUCAUCCACCUUUGGUUCAAUUCACAGGGUCACACAAUGGCCACAAUGGUGCUUCUUCAAUGGGGUGCUGAUCCUGAAGCUGCCAAUGCAAAGUCUGAAACGGCACUACUUUUAGCGAUCCGCGGUGAACAUAUGGCUGUCGUGGGGCUAUUGCUGGCGUAUGGUGCCAAUCCUCUCCCCAGCGCCGCAGCGUUGCGCGCCAAACGCUGCCUUUUACCCCUCCAGCUGGCCCUCCAUCUAGGUAACACAGCUAUCCAGGAGGCUCUCAUCGCUGCAAAUCGCAUGAUGGAUCAAUACUUAAUCAAUAUUGUGCGUGCCAGCCUUCCACCGGGUGUCAUUCUCAUUGAUCCCGGUCACCCCAAUACACAGCAGUCUAUUACUCCGCGUUCUCUAAGCUUCAUUCCCGUACAGAUGGUCUCAAACGUCAAAUCGACUGCCCUUCUCCAACUCACCUUCAACACACCUCCUUGUUACUCAGACCACUUUAGUAGUAUUAGUCGGGGCUCGGCAAUGGACGAACUGAUUCUUCUCUACGUGGUCUGUGUGGAUCUACAAGAUGGUCAAGUGAUAGCCCCGCGCUGUAGUCAGUCGAUGCCCGUCUACAAUCUUGCCUAUUUCAAUGGAUCGCAUACGCCUUCAGUGUGUCUGACUCCGAUGCGGAACUUCAAGACUACAAAUACUUCCUCAAAUACAAGUCCGAUUGAUGUUGAUGAGCUGCCUGGCUUUCGGGUUUUCGUCUUGGGCAGUCGUUUGAACAAAGGUGGACUCAACUCCAUUACCGUGUAUCAGAGGUGGGAUCAUGAGACCCAAGUCUCCAGUCUAUUCCAGAAGUUAUUGAUCGGAAUCUAUCGAGUGCGUGUGGAAUUGAGUGCCUUUUCGAAGGGGAUGAGCGCUGAUAUUCAUGGGGAGAUACCGACCUCCGUGGCUGUCGACGGUGCUAAUGACAAAAUUGGCAAUGACGUUGACGACGACGAUGACAGUGGCAGUGAAGACAACACAUUACACUGA